AUGGAAAUUGAUCUGAACCAUGAAGUGACUGAAAUUGAGAAGAAUGAUGCAUUAUGCAUUAUGGAAUGUGAAAAAGGUUGCUGUUCUUGUGUUUGUUGUUUGUCCCCUUCCACUUGUUCAUCUUCUAGUUCAACUUCACCUCUUGUUUCUUCUUCUUAUCUUGAGCUUUGGCAUGCUUGUGCUGGCCCUCUAAUUUCUCUUUCUAAGAAAGGAGAUGUUGUGGUUUAUCUUCCACAAGGUCAUUUGGAGCAAUUUGCUUCUUUCUCUCCUUUUAAGCAAUUGGAGAUACCAAACUAUGAUCUUCAGCCACAGAUCUUUUGCAGGGUUGUCAAUAUACAGCUACUUGCCAACAAGGAGAAUGAUGAGGUUUAUACACAAGUUACUUUGCUUCCUCAGGCUGAGUUGGCAGGUAUGCAUAUGGAAGGAAAAGAAGUUGAGGAAUUAGAAGGAGAUGAAGAGGGAGAUGGAGGGUCACCUACAAAAUCAACUCCUCACAUGUUCUGUAAGACACUUACAGUUUCUGAUACCAGCACUCAUGGCGGCUUCUCUGUGCCUCGUAGAGCUGCUGAAGACUGUUUUCCUCCUUUGGAUUAUAAGCUGCAGAGACCCUCUCAAGAGCUUGUUGCUAAAGACUUGCAUGGUGUGGAGUGGAAAUUUCGUCAUAUUUAUAGAGGUCAGCCGAGGCGGCAUCUACUCACUACUGGCUGGAGCAUUUUUGUGAACCAAAAGAAUCUUGUCUCUGGUGAUGCUGUGCUCUUUCUAAGGGGUGAAAAUGGAGAGCUGAGAUUGGGAAUCAGAAGAGCUGUUAGACCUAGAAAUGGUCUUCCUGAAUCGGUUAUUGGUAACAAGAACUGUUAUCCUAAUUUCCUUUCUUCUGUAGCAAAUGCUAUAUCCACCAAAAGCAUGUUUCAUGUUUUCUAUAAUCCAAGAGCAAGUCAUGCCGAAUUUGUUGUUCCUUACCAAAAAUAUGUUAAAAGCAUCAAGAAUCCAGUGACCAUAGGGACAAGAUUCAAAAUGAGAUUUGAAAUGGAUGAAUCGCCCGAAAGAAGGUGUAGUAGUGGUAUUUUGAUUGGAAUGAAUGAUUUGGAUCCCUAUAGAUGGCCUAAAUCCAAAUGGAGGUGCUUGAUGGUCCGAUGGGAUGAGGAUAUGGAGACUAAUCAUCAAGACCGAAUAUCUCCGUGGGAGAUCGAUCUUUCGACUCCUCUGCCUCCUCUAAGCAUUCAGUCUUCUCCAAGACAGAAGAAACCGCGGACCAGUCUGCAGGUUUCAUCGCCCAGUCAUCUUAUCACUGCAAGAAGCAGUGGAAUGAUGGGCUUUGAGGAGUCAGUAAGAUCACCAAAGGUCUUGCAAGGUCAAGAAAAUUCAGGUUUUAUGUCGCUAUACUAUGGAUGUGACAAAGGAACCAACCAGCCAGGUUUUGAUUUGAGCUCUUCAAGUCAUCAUCGAAAUCUCGCGUCAACUGGAAUAGGAAAAGUAGUUACCUCUUCUGAGCUUAUGAGUGUUCACCCUUUCGGUUACGCAGGCUUUAUGGAAAGUAACAACUUUCCAAGGGUCUUGCAAGGUCAAGAAAUAUGUAAACUGAAAUCCCUAACAGGAAAAGUCGAUUUCAACGUCGGUGCUUGGGGGAAAUCCAAUGCAAGUUGCACAAAUUUCAACCUUCAUCAAGCAAACAAGCACAACUUCCAAUCUGCAUAUUUUCCUUAUGCAGAUACUCACAAAUGUGACCAAGCUAACAUGUUUAGCUCAAAACAUACCGGUUUCCUAGGAGAGAAUGUCGGGUUUAACGCAGCAUCAAUAGUUGCAGGGAAUAUUAGAAAUGAAGUUGGAAGAUCUGAAUCUAAUGUCUCAAUUGAGCAUAAGCUGCAGGACAAUAUUUCUGUUUCUUCUUCAUUAAGGACUGCUGAUACAAAGGUUCCGAUUGAUAACAAUGUCAACGGAAAGGUAAACUCCUGCAAACUAUUCGGGUUUCCUUUGUCUGCGGAAACUAGUUCUCAAAAUUUACAGAACACUGCAAAAAGGAGCUGCACAAAGGUUCACAAGCAAGGCAGUUUAGUUGGAAGAGCCGUUGAUCUCUCGAGGUUGAGCGGAUAUAUCGAUCUUCUGAGUGAACUAGAGAAACUAUUUGGAAUGGAUGGCCUUCUUAGAGACUCUGAUAAGGGAUGGAGGAUCCUCUAUACUGACAGUGAGAAUGACAUAAUGGUUGUGGGUGAUGAUCCAUGGCAUGAGUUUUGUGAUGUGGUAUCCAAGAUCCAUAUAUAUACCAAAGAAGAAGUAGAGAAGAUGACAUUUGGGAUGAACAAUGAUGAUACUCAUAGUUGUUUGGAACAGGCACCAGUGGUUAUUGAACCUUCUAAGUCUUCCUCAGUUGGUCAGCCAGAUUAUUCUCCAAAAGUAGUUAGAGUUUGA